AUGGAUAGCGAAUAAAUUCCUGAAGAAAUUAAAAAAUUUUUUGAUGAAAGAGCUUAGUUAUAGUCUUUUAGAAGAUAGCUGAGAUUGUAAAAUAUUAAGGCUAAGGAGAAUUAUGCUAACUUAAAAAUGGAUUAAAGAGUUUUAAAGCUUUAGUAAGUUACCAAGUUUCUCAAUAAACUUAAGGGAAGCAGACCUAUGGAUAGAGAUGCUAUUUUGAACGAAAUAGAUAACUAUAAUUUGCAAAACUACAUUAGCGAAAUUACUAUCUCAAUUGCUGAUUAUAAUAUCACUGAUAAUGAUAUUCUUUACUUUGUUUAGCUUUGUUCCAAACUUCAUUAAAGUUAUGAAGAUUUCAACAUACAAAUGGUUAUUUAGAUUUAAAAGCAAAUCAAAACAAUUAUCCCUUAAAAGGAAAAAGAUGAAAAAGUUGUAGCAGUUAAAAGAAGAGACAUGAUGAGAUUCAUCGCUGAGCUCUUUGUUGUAGGCGUUACAAGCUAAUACGAUAAAAUGAUGGAAUGCUUAAAAGAUAUAAUAAAUCAUAAAGAAGCUCGUCCUCUUAUGUUAAAUGUUUAAACAGCUUUAAUGUUUUCUGACAGAUUUGGAUUUGAAAUUACUCGUCGCAAAGGCAUUAAAAUAAGUUUUAACUACAACAAGUAUGACGAUUUAGUCAAUAUCUUUGACUUUGAUCAAAUUGUUACACCUGAAAAAAUAUAAAAAAUUGUUAUGUAUUUCUAAUAUUAUUUAAAUAUAUUAAUGGAUCAUCUGAAGAACCUCUACGAUCUAAAAAUUCAAUAAGAUGAAAAGCUAAAUAAGCUAAUAAGUGAAGAAAAGCUUACAGAAAAAGAUGAAUAGGAAUACACUAGAACAAGAAACAAUUAUAUUAAUUUAUAUGAAGCUCUUUCUACUAUUGCUGAUAAUCUAGAAUUGGAUUUUAAAGUAAACUUUGGAGAAGAAGAAAGAGAAAAAAAAUAACAAAAAAUUCUAGAGGAGUAGAGGAGAAAGAAAUUAGAAGAAGAAGAGCGUCUUCGCUAAGAAAGUGAAAAUUUAUUUGACACUGAUGAAGAAAGGGCAUUCUAUGAAGAUAUAUUUGACUUAAAGGUUAAGCUUCCUGGAUCUCUUUUUUCCAAUAAUUACUUCUAAGGAAAUGUUUAAAAGACAUCUGCAAACAAUGAAAAUGAUGAUGAUUUAGAUUAAGACAAUGACAAUGAAAAAGAAUAAGAAGAGGAGGAGGAAGAAGAAAAAAAAGAUGAAGAGGAUGAAGACAAAGAUAAUGAUGAUAUUCCUAAGUCUUAUGAGCAAUUUAAAAAGAACUUAAAACACUGUGUCAGCUAAGAAAAGGCAGAUUUAUUAGCAGAAUAGUUUGUAUAUGUUAACAAUAAAUAAAAUAGAAAAAAAUUAGUUAAAGACAUUCUUGAAUACAGAAAAGAAUAUAAUUUGAUGGUUCCUCAUUUGUGUAGAUUUGUUGCUGUUAUUAGCAAGCAUUUUAAAGAUUUGGGUGAUAUGGUCGUAGAAAAAUUAAUUAAAGAUUUUGACUCCUACAGAGAAAAGUAGAGACAAGACUUUUCUUUCAGAGAUAAGAAAAUGAGAUAUUUAAAAUAUUUAUGUGAGCUAGCUAAAUUUAGAGUUUUAGAGCUUUUCAAAAUUUUAAAUAUUUUUAAAUCUCUUGUUGAUGAUUUUAACACUUAAUAAGUAGAUUUACUUUGUGUUAUCAUGGAUAAUGUAGGUAGAUUUAUUUAUAAUAACUAAGAAACUCGUUUUAGAUACAUCACUAUCCUUGACUAGCUUAACGUUCAUCUUCGUAAAGCUAAUUUACCCACAAAUAAGUCCAUAUAGCUUGAAAACUCUAUCAGUCUAUCCAAGCCCUCAAAGAAAAAGGCAAUUAAAUCUGAAAAAUAAAGAACUGAAUUAGAGCAAUAUAUUAGAUUUUUGGUUUUGGAAAAAUUAAACGAAAUGAGCUUCAGAGAAGUUACUGCUACUAUCUAAAAACUUAAAUGGGAUGAGUAGCUUGACGAUUAUUGCUUCAAUGCUAUCAUUAAGAGAGCUUUAAAGGGAAGAAUAGAUGAUAUAUAGCUAUGCGCUGGUUUACUCUCUUUCUUGAAUACAUUUAGACCAACACUAACUCUUAGAAUUGUAGAUGAUCUAUUAGAAAAGACUAUUUAUGGAAUGGAAUAAAAUGAAGUUUAGGAAUAACAAAAAAGAAUCAGUGUUGUGAGAUUCUUAGGAGAGUUAUACUUAUAUUAAGUUGUUGAAAUAGAUUUUAUUUUUGAUUUGCUUUAUCUAUGUAUUGAUUUUGGUCAUGAACCUUUUAGAACCUAAGAAGAAAUCGAAAGAAUUGAUAGCUAAGAGGAUUUAUUCAGAAUUUCUAUGAUUUGCAAUAUCCUUGAACCUGUUAGAUAAUAUAUCACAAAGAGACGCACAUUCCCUAAAAUGCUUAGAUUCUUAAUCUUUUUCCAAAGAUAUAUUCUCUCUAAGAAGUAUGUUCCUAUAGACAUAGAAUUCAUGGUCCUAGAUACUUUCGAAAGUCUAGAUUCAGGUAGCAGCAGAUUGACAAAAAUUAAAACUUACAAUGAUGCUAAUGAGCUUGUUAAUUCUAUAGAGUAAAAAGAGAAAAAAGGAACUCUGAAAACAGUGGAAGAAGAAUUGAAAGUAUUUUUGGGAAACCUUAUUUUAAAAAAUAAUAAACUGUAAGAUAAUAAUAAUAACUCAACCCAAAAUGAUUAAAAAUAAAAUUAAACUAAUAAAGCACCUAAUGAAGAAGAACAAAAACUCAAAGCUAUAAAUCAAUAAUAUGAUGAUGAUAUAGAAAGGGAACUCAAUUCAAUUAUAAAUCAUGACACUUAAAUUUAAUCAUAAAUGUUAAAUACAAAAAAUGUAAACUAUAAAAAGAAAAUCAUCAAUGCUACUGCUAAAGUUAACAUUCAAGAUGAUUCUGGAUAGACUAAAACCAUCACAAUUAUUAAAAAGAAAAAAGAUACAUAAAAAAAUGAUAUAACCAAUAUUAAUAAUUUCAUAUAUGGUCCUGAUGGUUUAAUUCAAAACGAACAAAUUCAAUUUAAAAUGCCUAAGACUAAAAAGAAAUGA